AUGUCAGGUUCUAGUGAUGAUGAUAUAUUUAUUACCCAAACAAAGACUUGUGAAAUAGAUGAUUAUAAUUUAGAAACGGAUACUGUUCUUAGUGAUGCUCUGAAUGUGGAGGAAAAUUAUGUAAAAGAAGCCAUACAGUUACCAAAGUUUGAUAUGAAGUACUCUGAUAUAAGCGAUGUUGAAACACCAAAUUUGCCAGAAAAUGUCAAGAGUUCACUGUGGUUUUCCAAGCCCCUGCAUGAUUCUGAUCUAAAAAAUUUGGUUAAAAGUGGUCUUAGUAUUAAAACUGAAAUUAAACUAGAUGGGCAGUUAAUUUGUUUAGUAUGUGGAAGAAACACAAUACCAAUAAUAACUCUGAAGAAAAAGGGUUUAAGAAGUGUUCUGAACAGUAAAAUGAAGGAGUUGUCGAGACUUGGACUGGGUAUUAAUACCAAGAAGUCAGAAGUUAUUACAAUAGAACAAGAAGAGAUUUUAUGGAGUAAAGGCUUGUUAGGUGAAAGUAACCCACAGCAGUUAUUGGAUACUCUUCUUUUCUUGUUUGGAUUACAUUUUGCACUGCGAGCUGCUGAAGAAUUUAAGUGCAUAGAAGAUGUUUCAAAGACAAACCAAGGUGGUUUAGAUCACAGGAAAGUCAGUCCUAAAAUGACAAGGGCUUAUGAAUAUUCUAACCCAUUAAGAUGUCCAGUUAGAUUAUAUGAAAAGUAUAUAGCUCUGCGUCCAAAAAACGGAAUUCAUACCAUACAGUCCACUGUUAAACGUUUAUGUCAGUCGGCUGGUAUAAUUGGAAACUUUAGUAAUCAUUCCCUUCGUGCCACAGCUACAACUCGUUUAUAUCAAGCUGGAGUGGACGAGCAAUUCACUGGACACCGAUCUAAUGCUUUACGAGCAUAUAAAAGAACAAGUGAUGCCCAGCAAGCCUCUGAUACUUCAACGGAAAAGAAAAUUAAUUUUAUUUUAGGAAUCUCCACUCCAUUUAACACAAUGAUUGACACAAAUGAUGAUAUUUUAAAUUCCCCCAUGCAGCCUGUGGAAGAAAUUGAUAAAAUACUACACCAGAUAUUAGAAGGACUUUUUCUAGCUAUAAAAGAGCUCAUUGUAAAAAUGGUGCCAGAACAUUUACCUGGUGGAAAAUUUUGA